CUCUCUUCAUCCCAAACCUCACAAACAUUUCAUCCAUCUUCUUCUCAUUAUUUGUUCAGUUUUCUGAUCAGUUAAAUAGUUUCAUCAAUCAAUUCAUUGAUCAUGGCUUCUUUUGCUACUUCCAAUGUUGUUUUCUUUCUUGUUUUCUUGGUCUCUUCGCUUCAUUUCUCUACAGAGGCAAGGAGGCUUGCUGAGUCAGACCUAAACGAGCAGCCUUUGCUGUUCCGAUACCACAAUGGCCCCCUUCUAACUGGGAAAAUCUCUGUUAAUCUCAUUUGGUAUGGCAAGUUCAAGCCUUCUCAACGUACUAUUGUCUCCGAUUUCAUCACUUCCAUUACAUCUUCCAAGCCUACGGUAGCUCAACCCUCCGUUGCUAGAUGGUGGAAAGCCACAGAAAAAUACUAUCAGCUCAGCAAGAAAUCUUCUUCUCUUGUCCUGUCAUUGGGUACACAAAUCCUUGAUGAGAACUACUCUUUCGGCAAGUCAUUAACAAAUCAACAAAUCGUACAAUUAGCAUCAAAGGGUGCUCAGAAAAAUGCCAUUAACGUUGUCUUGACAUCAGCUGAUGUUUCUGCUGAAGGGUUCUGCUCAAGCAGGUGUGGAACCCAUGGUUCAGCUUUGGGUUCAAGCAAUGGUCACAUUAAGGGCAAGAGUUCCAAGUUUGCUUACAUUUGGGUUGGUAACUCAGAGACACAGUGCCCAGGUCAAUGCGCUUGGCCAUUCCACCAGCCCAUCUACGGACCACAGAACCCACCUCUGGUUGCACCAAACAAUGAUGUAGGUCUUGAUGGGAUGGUGAUCAAUCUAGCUAGCCUCUUAGCUGGGACUGUCACGAACCCAUUUGGAAAUGGCUACUAUCAGGGUCCAAAAGAGGCACCACUGGAGGCCGCAUCCGCUUGCCCUGGGAUUUAUGGUAAAGGGGCUUAUCCAGGCUAUGCUGGUGACCUUCCGGUGGACGCAACAACGGGAGCUAGCUACAAUGCACAUGGUGUCAAUGGGAGGAAGUACCUGCUUCCUGCCUUGUUUGACCCUUCAACCUCAACUUGUUCUACUCUUGUUUAAAACAAAGAAUUAUAAGAAUACGAACAUGACAGCAUAAAAAAAUAUGUUAGGCAGUAUAAUUUUGUGAGAGAUUCUUUUAUUGUAUUAUUGAAUUAUUCUUUUUCUAUCACGAUUGAAUAAGAGAUUCACACUUAAAUUUUCUCCUUAUC